AUGGAAAUUGUUGCCGGCGGACCAUUUACCUCUGGCCAGCAGGUCACCGAAGAGCCGGACUGGUCGUUUGUUAAAGACUACAACACGGUUGAAUUUCAGCUGUUGGAUCCUGCCGCAUCCCGCACCACCUGGAUUGCUGAACAUGAAGGCCGCAUCUACAUUCCCAGCGGCUACAUGACCACCUGGUGGGGCAAAAUCUGGAAACAGUGGCCCAUCCAGGCAGAAAAAGACGGCCGCGCUAUCCUGCGGGUAGACGGCAAAUUAUAUGAUCGCCAGCUGGUGCGCGUGAUGGAUGGCCCAGCCAUCGAACCCAUCAUGGCGGAACUCGGUCGCAAAUACGGGGGCGGCCCGCCGUUACCCAUGGAAGCCUUCACCAGCGGUUACCUGUGGAUAUUUGAACUGGUAUUAGCCGGUCCAUUUGCCACUCAGCAACUGGCGCAGCUGGGUGCUGAUGUCAUCAAAAUUGAAGCCCGCGGUGUUGGCGACAUCACCCGCGGCCUGCUCUCCACCGGGGCUGAUGGCAUGGCGCCGUCGUUCCUCACCUGUAACCUGGGCAAACGCAGUUUGACGCUGGAUUUAAAACAUCCCCAGGCCAAAGAGAUCAUAUUCAAACUGCUGGAUACCGCGGAUGCGGUGGUUGAGAACUUCAAACCCGGCACCAUAGACAGGCUGGGGUUUGGCUACGAAGCCAUGCGCGCGCGCAAGCCAGACAUCGUCUACGCCUCCAUCUCGGGCUACGGCCAGAGUGGGCCAAAAUCUGAACUUCCCGCGUUCGACGGUGCCAUUCAAGCGGCUUCCGGCAUGAUGAGCAUCAGCGGCCACGCCGCAACCGGCCCGGUACGCACGGGGUAUUUCUCGGUGGAUAUGAGUACUGCUCUCAAUGCCGCUUUUGCUAUCAGUGCUGCCCUGUUCCGUCGUCAUGUCACCGGCGAAGGCCAGCGUAUUGAUGUGUCCAUGAUGGACUCGGCCUUUGUCAUGCAGGCAGCGCAGGUGAGUAAUUAUCUGGUCAACGGCAUCACGCCUGAAUUGUUGGGCAACGCCUCGCCCACCAAACAACCCACCGCAAACGUUUUUGCCACCAAUGACGGUUUUAUUCAGGUUAUCGGAUUACGCGAUGCGCAGGCACAGGCUCUGAUGCGAGCAAUUGGUCGCGAAGAUCUGUUUGAAAAAUAUCCGGAACCGGUUGAUCGGAUUCGCGCCAGCGCGGAAUUUGCCGCCGCUUUAAACCCUGCGUUUGCGGGUAACACAACCGCACACUGGCUGAAGAUUCUGCAGGACGAAGGUGUGCCCGCUGCAGCCAUUCAGACGCUGGCAGAAUCUACUGCAGAUGAGCAGAACCAGCAUCGGUUGAGCCUGACCUCGAUUGCCAAACCCGGCGAGCCGGACACCCAGGUACAGGUGGUGAGUUCAGGGCAUAUGAGUGAGCCUGCACCACCGGUGGUACAACGCCCACCGCCCCAGCUGGGUGAGCAUACCGAAGAGAUUCUUUUAUCGCUGGGCUACAGCGCAGACGACAUCAAGGCGCUGCAGAAGGAUGAGGUGGUUUAA